AUUAGAUUCAUUAAUAAAAAAAAAAAGUAUUCAGAAUGGAUUAAAGUGAGAAUUUAGAAUAGGAUCAAGGACCAAUAGAUUAUUAUAAAGAAUCGAUUAGGCUAUAUUACUACAAUAUUGUUUUACAUUCUUAUGUAUAUAAGUGGUAUUUAGUAUUAGUUAGAAAGAGUGAACUAAGAAAAAAAUGAGAUUAAGUCUAAAUUGUAAAAAUUCUAAGUUUUAGAAGAUUAAGAGAGUGAUAUAUCAUUAGAGGAUAAACGGAAAAGAAAUAGAAGAAGUGCAGUUGAAAUUCCUAGAAGUCAUGUAUGCACAAUCUCUAAUUGCAAUAAAUCCUAUGGAUCUGAGGGUUCAUUAAUGUAACAUAUGAAGAUCAAACAUGGGAUGGUGAUGAAUCAGGAUAAAAUUGGUCAAGUUCUUGAUCAGUUUAGAUUCCAAUAUAGUAGUAACUCAAACUGAUUUUAAUUAAUAUAAUUA